CGGCCGCGCACCAGCCGGGCGGCGGGGGAGCCGAGCCCGCAUUCGCAGCGGCCGCCGCAGCCUCGGCAGCCUCGCGCCCCUCCUGCGCCCGGCGCUCGGCCUGUGUCCCGGGGCCGGCGGCAGCAGCAGCAGCAGCAGCAUCUGCGCUCAGACUCUGGAAACCUGAUCUAAGCUAUCCUGUGACUGACAACUUUACAGCUACACCAAGAGGUGGCGGUGACAAGCAGGGGGAGCGCUUUUUCAAUUGUUGCACUCAUCUGGCACAUCCGGGUCUUCGGUGGCACUUGUGGCGGGUACUUCUUUCUUUGCUGGCAAGAUUUAUUUCCCACCACCGAACGUGCAGGAUUCUCCAGCCUGUUGUCUCUGACGAGGCGCACUGAUUGGGGUCUGCUUAUUCCACAGAUCAAAAAGGAGCCAGAGAGCCUUCCUGGUUCUUUAACCACAGGACACAGCAGCCUUGAAGCUCUCCCCUCUGCUUAAACAGGACAGAGAAAGAGAGGAAAAAUGGCAGAUGAUAGGAAGGAUGAAGCCAAAGCACCGCACUGGACUUCAAGUCAACUAACAGAGACUUCUUCACACCCACAUUCCCCUGAAAUUAAGGAGCAAGCUGGUGCAGGUGCCGGACUGGUCAGAAGUGCCAACGGAUUUCCAUACAGAGAGGAUGAGGAAGCAGGAUAUGGUGAACGCGGGCAACAGGGCACAUACUCUAGAACCAAAGAGAAUGGGAUCAAUGGAGAGCUAUCCACAGGAGGCAGAGAAACAGCAGAGGAAGUGUCUGCAAGGAUAGUCCAAGUAGUAACAGCUGAAGCUGUAGCAGUCCUGAAAGGUGAACAGGAAAAAGAAGCCCAGCACAAAGAUCAGCCUGGACCAUUACCUUUAGCAGUGGAAGAAUCAGCUAAUCUGCCUCCUUCCCCGCCUCCAUCACCCGCCUCAGAACAGACUGGAACACUGGCAGAAGAAGAAGAAACAGUAGAGAGUCCAAUGGCUGAGGAAGAGAAACCAGCAGCUCUUCCUGGAAAGGAGCUGGGGAAAGACAGUGGGCCUGCUGAGCCUUCAGAGCAGACAGAGGGCCGGCUGGAUUCUGGUUUGGAGGCCAAAGUGUAUCAUGAAGACAGUGUGCCAAGUGUGGCACCCAGCGGGAAGAGCAUAACAGUUAUCGAGGAGGUGCCACUGAAAGCAAAAAUACCUUCCUUGGCCGAGGAAGAUUUACUUACAGCCUCGAAGAUGGAAAUCCGUGACCAGGAGGGCACAGGCCCUUUCACAGCUGAGCCAUUAGACACAAAGGAACAUGAGUCAGAGAAAGACAGUAAGACUGGUGAGCAAUCUAAACAUGACGCCUUAGUUCCACAGCCAGCAAAAACUGAGACUCUAGAUAAAAAGGAGUCACGGGGCAAAGAAGAAGAGAAAAUGCAUACAACUGUGUCGGGACAGACUUUGGAUGCAGAUCUGCAAAAUAAAGGGGAAGUAAGUUUUGCAGACCCAGGUGCUGAUUCAACUGCAGAGCCUCUUGUAUCUCAAGGACACAGGGACUUGUCAGCUGACCUGCCGAAGGAGUGUAAAACAGAUGGAAGGAGUACAGAUACCCAGAUACCAUCUAGCCAAGCUAUACCCCUGAAAUAUAAAGAUGACUUUACAGACAGCCAGAAGAGUAAUCUUGCUCUUUUGCCUUCAGAAUCUAGAAUUGACAUUGCUGCUGCUGCCAAAAGUGAACCUCCUUCAGAAACUCCAAUGACUGUCCCACCAAAAUCACAACUUGAAGACAGUUGCAAAACAAAACAAGAGUCCACUGACAAAGAGAUUGCCAAAGAUCUUUCAAAAGAUGAAAAGAUCCACAAAGACAAAACAGAAAAGCCAGAGGGAGGAGAAGUCUCAGCAAUGGCUGCAGAUGCCCUCAAACCAACUACAGAGGAAAGACCCAUCCAGAAAGUUUCUACUUGGGGGGAAGAAAAGGACAUGACAAGGGACGAGAGUGAUGAGGAGGAAAGAUCUGGCUUCCUGGAUUGGCAGCCCUCCAAAGUAUUAGAUGAUAGUAAACUUUAUGCAGAGCAGGAAGAUAAAAUAGUUGUUCCAGACAAAGCCGUUGUUAGUGAAGCUAAAAAGUCAUCUGAUGGUCUCAAAGCAGAAGAAGAGACUGAUCAAACUGGGGUCUUAGCAGUAUUAGAUGCCAAAAAGGAAGAGCAGCAGAGCACAGAGACCCCCACUGGCAAGUUAAGCCAUGAAUCAUUUCCUGAGAAACCAAAAGAACCUAUAGAUACAGUUCAGUUAUCAAAAACAACAGAAAAAGCUCCUGAUGCACCAAGGUUAACAAGUGAAAAGAGCCCAUCUCAUGAACUUCAUGAAGACAGAGCUAUUGAAAAGGAUGCUAAGGAGGAUACAUUCCAUAUCUCAGAUUCAGCUACUCAUGAAAUACAGGUAGAGGAGGAUAGGUCAGGAAUGUCAAAGUAUUUUGAAACAUCUGCUUUGAAAGAGGAAGCAACAAAAAGUGACAUACAGCAGCAAGGCAGUGAUUACUAUGAACUUAGUGACACUAAGAAAAGUGCAUAUGAACUUUAUCAUGCAGAUCCUCUAAUAUCUAAAAAGGAAGACAAGAAAUUACAGCCAGAAACAGAUCAACCGUCCAGUGUCCCUGCUCAUGAAAUAGGAUAUAGUACUCUUGCUCAGAGUUUUCCAUCAGAUAAGUCUGAGGAACCUAGCUCUCCACAGGAAAGGAUGUUCACUAUUGAUCCCAAAGUGUAUGGGGAUAAGAGACAGAUCCAUAGUAAAAAUAAAGAUGAUUUGACUCUAAGCAGGAGCUUAGGACUUGGGGGAAGAUCUGCAAUAGAACAGAGGAGUAUGUCAAUUAACCUGCCAAUGUCCUGUCUAGAUUCUAUAGCACUAGGAUUCAGCUUUGGCCGUGCUCAGGAUCUCUCUCCCCUUGCUUCAGAUAUUCUAACAAAUACUAGUGGGAGCAUGGAUGAAGGUGAUGAUUACUUGCCAGCAACCACCCCGGCAUUAGAGAGAGCCCCCUGUUUCCCUAUUGAUAGCACAGAGGAAGAUGAAAACAUUGAGGAGGAAAAAGCAAUGGAAGAAGAAAAUAUUCAGGUUGAAUCCUUGUGUGAGUCGCCCUUCCUGGCUAAAGAUUAUUACAAAAACGGGGCUGUAAUGGCCCCUGAUUUGCCUGAAAUGUUAGACCUAGCAGGCACAAGGUCUAGAUUAGCUUCUGUGAGUGCUGAUACAGAGGUGGCACGAAGAAAAUCUGUUCCUUCUGAUGCUGUUGUAGAAGACAGUGGUGCGUCCCUGCCUCCUGUGACUGAUGAAAACCACAUAACUCUAAAAGCUGAAAGUCAGCUAGAAGACUUAGGCUACUGUGUUUUCAAUAAGUACACAGUCCCACUACCUUCACCAGUCCAGGACAGCGAGAGCUUAACCAGUGAAAUCUGCCCCUUUUAUGAAGGCGGGGAUGAAAAAAUGCAAAGGGGACUGGCAGCUGACCUCUCUUUGAUAGAAGUGAAGUUGGCAGCAGCUGAAAAGUCUAAAGAAGAAUUCAGCAGUGGAAAAGACCUGAGUCCAAACAUCUCCAGUGACCCAACAGUUCUGGAAAGGGAGUUUGAGCAGGAGAAAAAAGGUUCUGAUAAGCUAGAUACUGUGCUAGAAAAAAGUGAGGAACAAGUUGAUUCCAAAGAAAUCUAUUCCCUUGAAGAUACAAAACAUGAGAAAAAAAGGCCUGAUGCAAUUUUAGAAAUGAAAGAAGAAGGUACAGUUGAUAAACUUCAUGUAGCUGGGCCAGAGAGUGAUACUGCAUAUGACAAAGCAUUAACAAAAGAGGUAACAAAAGAAAAAGAUCUUGUUUCUUUACUGACUCAGAAACAGGAAAAGUCUCUUAGCAUUGUUCCAAGGGUAGCUGAGAUAGAAGCACCACACAGGCCAGAUUACGAUGCUAUAAAACACGAGAUGGAUGUUGCUGCCAGGAAAGCUGACCAAGAAUACCAGACUCAGCUACAUACUGAGAUCAGUGAGUUUGCUGCAGCUGGUUCAAAGCAGGACACAGAUUCUGUAAAAAAAGCAGAGCCUGAAGCCCAAGAAAUUCAGCAGCAGCAAAAGGACUUGGCCUCUUUGCCCAACAAACCAAAGGAGGCAGAUGUUCUUUCAGCAACUGAGCCUAGUCAAAUGAAGGACAGCAUCAAACUAUCUGAGUCUGAAAUUAAGGAGAAAAUGCCUAAGCCUGAUCUGGUGCAUCAGGAAGCAGUAGAUAAAGAAGAAUCUUACGAGUCUAGCGGAGAACAUGAUCAAAUCCAAGAAGACUUAAAUGGAGAAUCUUUGAAACCUGAUGAUGGCAAAACAGAACCUCAGAAACCACCUGUAUCAGAAGAAGAGAUUACAUCACAAUUGCCAAUGGAAGAGCCUUCCAUCAAGCUUGCCAUUUCAAAAGCUGACUCUCUGCAAGAAGACACAGCUGACAUCCAAAUGGAGAGCAUACCACAACCUAAAGAAGAAAUUAAAGAGCCAACUCCAGACAUAGCUGUGAGACCUGCAGAAACCACAGAGCAGCUACUGUGUGAUUUAACAUCUGAGUCUUUAAAAGUCAAAGAGCAUGAAGAAGAAGAAGAAAAAAAAGAAGAUGAUAAGCAUCAACUCAUGUCAGUCAUGCACCAAGAAAUAGAGUUGGAGGCGCCUGCUGGAAAAGAGGUGCCAACGGAGGCUGGCCUAGAGGAAAUGCCUGAACUGAAAGGAGUUAUUGAGUCUGUUGUGACAAUUGAGGAUGACUUCAUCACGGUGGUGCAGACAACUGUGGAUGAGGGCGAGUCUGCCUCUCACAGUGUGCGCUUUGCUGCCGUGCAGCAGGAAGAAAUGGAAAGAAGGGACUCCCUGCCUGAAGAGGAAGUGGAAAUGGAGAUGGAGGAACCCGCUGACAUCCAGGUAGAGCCCAAAGAGGGCUCGCCAGAAGCUCCUGCUUCACCCGAAAAGGAGGAGAUCCUGCUAACCGAUUACAAGACAGAGACGUAUGAUGAUUACAAAGAUGAAACAACUAUCGAUGACUCCGUCAUGGACACAGACAGCCUGUGGGCGGAUACUCAAGAUGAUGAUAGGAGCAUCAUGACAGAACAGUUAGAGACUGUUCCUAAAGAGGAGAAAGCAGAGAGAGAAUUUCGAAGAUCAUCUCUCGAUAAGCAUAAAAAAGAGAAACCUUUUAAAACUGGGAGAGGCAGGAUUUCUACUCCUGAAAGAAAAAUAGCUAAAAAGGAACCUAGCACACUCUCCAGAGAUGAAGUGAGAAGGAAAAAAGCAGUGUAUAAGAAAGCUGAACUUGCUAAAAAAUCUGAAGUUCAGGCCCACUCUCCCUCCAGGAAAAUCAUUUUAAAACCUGCUAUCAAAUAUACUAGAUCAACUCAUCUCUCCUGUGUUAAACGGAAGCAGACAGCGGCAGGUGGUGAAACAAACCAGGCUCCAGGUGUAUUUAAACAAGCAAAGGAAAAACUUUCAGAUGGAAUAACCAAGAGUCCAGAAAAGCGUUCCUCUCUACCAAGACCUUCCUCCAUCCUCCCCUCUCGGAGAGGUAUAUCAGGAGACCGAGACAGAGAUGAGAAUUCUUUCUCCUUCAAUAGCUCCAUCUCCUCUUCAGUACGACGGACUACCCGAUCGGAGCCAAUUCGCAGGACAGGAAAGAGUGGCACUUCUACGCCCACUACCCCUGGAUCCACUGCCAUCACUCCUGGUACCCCACCCAGCUACUCCUCCCGUACCCCAGGCACUCCUGGGACCCCAAGCUAUUCCAGAACCCCUCAUACUCCAGGCACUCCCAAGUCUGCUAUAUUGGUGCCCACUGAGAAGAAAGUCGCCAUCAUACGCACUCCUCCAAAAUCUCCAGCCACACCUAAGCAACUACGACUUAUUAACCAGCCUCUGCCGGACCUCAAGAAUGUCAGGUCCAAAAUUGGAUCGACAGACAACAUCCGGUACCAGCCGAAAGGGGGUCAGGUUAGAAUUUUAAAUAAGAAGAUCGAUUUUAGCGAUAUUCAGUCCAGAUGUGGUUCCAAGGAUAACAUCAAACAUUCUGCAGGGGGAGGAAAUAUACAAAUUGUAACUAAGAAAAUAGAUCUGAGCCAUGUCACUUCCAAAUGUGGCUCCCUGAAGAACAUCCGUCACAGACCAGGUGGGGGACGUGUGAAAAUUGAGAGUGUGAAACUGGAUUUCAAAGAAAAAGCUCACGCUAAAGUUGGUUCCCUGGAAAAUGCCCACCAUACACCUGGAGGUGGCAAUAUCAAGAUUGACAGCCAGAAGCUAAACUUCAGAGAGCAUGCUAAAGCCCGUGUAGAUCACGGGGCUGAGAUCAUUACGCAGUCACCAGGCAGGUCCAGUGUGCCUUCACCGCGCAGACUCAGCAAUGUCUCAUCCUCUGGAAGCAUCAACCUGCUGGAAUCCCCUCAGCUUGCUACCCUCGCUGAAGAUGUCACGGCCGCCCUUGCUAAGCAGGGCUUAUGAAUUUACUCCAUUUAGCAGUGUAUGAAGUAAUAAUAUUUAGACAUGAGCUCUUGGCAGGAAUGGGCUCAGAGCAGGUGUUACAUUCAUUCUUUAUCAUGUCUAAAAUUAAGUCACAUCCCAAGACUGUAGCAACCAUACAAUAAAAAACCCCAAAAUAAUUAAAUAGAUGCAGAAAUUGGCCUGAUCUCCAUUUACAGCAGGAAGACACUGGGUUUACAUGGGUAUGCAAUUGCUGUGUAUGACAUUGGACGAUUAUUGUUGCUCUGCUCUGUCUUGCAUGGAGUACCAUACUACGAUAAAAUGCAUUUUUACCUUUCCAUGUACCUUAGGGCCAUCCACCUCUUUCUGACUUGUUACUAUCCCAAGUUGCUCAUUUCACGGUUCUGUUGAUGCGUGGGAGGAAAAAAAUCACCCAUUGUAACUUAUUACAGGUUAAAUUAAACUGAAGAGCCUAGUUAACGGAUGGGAAUGGCAUAUAAAGGAAAUCAAGUUUAAUUUAAAAAAGUGUUAUUUGUAUAAAUGGGUAGAAGGAGAAAGACUGGAUUAAGUUAUUAACGUUUUGGGGUCUGGAUAAUUAUGUCAGUGUAUAGCUGAUUCCAAUAAAUUAUUUAACUGAUAACUCAAAAUAGUAGUUGAAAAACAUUUGAAUUGUGCUUGAGGAAGUGGCAUUUUUAAAACAAAAAUACUAUUGAAAGGAAGCACUUCCAUUUCAAUGGGCUUGUGUCUGAUUAGAAUGUCGGUUAAGCGGCUAGAUUUGUGUACACACUACCGGUUUCACAUCCUUUCCAUCUGUUUGAUACAGUAUUAUAGAUAUAUAUAUUUCUCUGUGGCCAUUUGUGAUACGCCCUCAUAUACUUGAAUAUUAUACUUCUUUAUUCACAGUAUCUGUGUCUCUUGCACCCUUUGGUGUUGCAAUUUUAGGUAUGUAAAAGUAGAUGUUAGCAGGGUUUUUUUUCCCCUAUUCAGAAAAAAAUACAUAAAACGACAAAAACGUUUAGCAUGAAAUUGCUUUCUGUAACAACUAAAAGCCGUGACCCUGUUUUAGUGUCAGAUGCAAGUCUCUUCUGUAAUGCUAGAAAAAUUAUUCCUUUUCCCCACCCUCCUUUUUUCACCAAGACUGAUUUUGUGAGUUCCAGAUGUUUAGAAAAAGGGUUUCCAAAGAGGUGGGUUUGGAUUCUGGAUUUUUUUAAAAUCAAAGAACAGUUUGGGUUUAGCUUUUUUUAAACUUCUAUAGUAACAAUGAAUGUUGGAUUUAUUUUAUUGAAUUUUUUUCUUUUGCUAAAGUUGAAAAAAAUAUUUGGGUGUCAUUCCAUACCUUCAGUAGUGUCUUAUGUGUACACUCGGGCACUCAGGUAGUAUAACAGUAAACACUGUAGAGAUGCCAAUAAAUUAUAAUUAAUAAAUUAAAUAAAUAAAUAAAAUGAACUCCCUAGCCUGGAUCACCAAGGUGACUGAAUAGAUAAAUA